AUGUCAUCUGCAUACGCAAAGCAAAAGCUGAAGCUGUCACGCGAUGCCUUGGCGAAAAAGGACUGGUCAGCAGCUGCCGAAGCUGCAAAUAGCGUUCUCGAGCAAGAGAGCGACAACUACAAUGCAAACGUCUUCCUCGGACUUGCACUCUUGAAUCAAGAAAAGUUCGACGAGUCAGAAGCAGCUUACAUCAAAGCCACACGCGAUCAACCAACACAGCUUCUAGCCUGGCAAGGACUGCAGAAGUUCUACGACCAACGAAAGAGCUGGGAUAAGCUUCGAGACGUACUGUACAAGCUGAUGCAUCUCUACAAUGAUGCUGGAGAUGCUACCAAGUGCGCAGAGGCCUUUCAACGGCUGCUAGCCUUGGAAAGGGAGGAGGGCGGGCGAAGGAGGCUUAUCGAUGCGUUGGCUUUUCUUCUGCCCGACUCCAAGUACUAUACAUGCCUAUCCUCGCUCGAGCUUCCAGAUCAGACACAACCGGACAAGACUUCAACUUUUGACACGCAGAUGGCCAUCCACGCCAAGAGCUUAGACACAUUGCUCGAGAUGACGGAUCUAUCGGAAAAGUGGGAAGCAGAUACGAUACAAAAACAGGUGGACAAGCGCAGAUUGCGUCUCGAUGGAGCCAACAAGGGCAAGGAGGCUUUGACCAAUCAAGUGCGUCUCGAAGUCUACUCCGCCUCGCAGUUACCCAGCCUUUACGAACAGAUCUUGUCACAUCCGAACGCGGAGGAUGAGCUGCGAAUCGAUGUUGAAGCCAAACUACUGCGACACCGACUCGGCCUACUCACCUCGUAUCCGACAAAGCAGCUCGGCAGAGGUUCAGCGCCAACUGGCACAGCAGCAGUCGACCGUCAAGAAGAGGACAAAAAAGAGCAAGCUGAACUGGCACAAGACGAGAAAAAGCUCAGUCUCAGGCACGAAAUUCUCAAACUCGCUUCGGGUAUGGUCAUCAUCGGCUUGCUCGACGAGUUGGCGUGGGAGAUCGAUCUCGAGUGGCGUCCUGUCCGAUCGCUUGCUAAUUUACCUUUGGAACAGAUUCGAAAGUUCAUCACUCUCUUCCCAAGGUCUGGCCGCACGAAAGCUUUCCGAUCAUAUUUGCUUCUGAUCAAGGACGAGCAGUAUCUGCACGAAACCAAGGAGGCAGAAAAGCAAUCCGAUGUCGAGAUCGAACAGCCAAAGACUCAGGAUGACUUGCUCAAUCUGGCUAUUGACGGUCUUGAAGAGUGCCCAGACUCGAUUUUGGCGCAUCGUAUCGCUGCAACCUUCUACCUGCUUGAUCGCGACUACCAGUCAGCAUCUGAGGUAGCCAGUUCGGCGCUUCAUGUCGUCAGUCGCAUCGAGGCGGAUACUGCUGUUGAUCUCGAGCAGACUCGUAUUGGCAUUUCACGAACGCUUCUGACGGCUCUCACUCACCUUCAUCCGCCGCAGCACCAUGCUCGAGCAUCUCGUCUGGUCGAUACCGCCCUUCAAGUCGAUCCUUCUGACAUCGACACUCUUCUCUGCAAAGCCUACAUCGAGCAGAACGCCGGUCGCUGGUACUUAGCCCGUUCCGUCUUCGAAAAAGUCCGCAGCAUUGUCUCCUCCCUCGACACCACCGCAUAUAGAAAUCGCAUCGAACGCCUUCUCUCCCUCAGCUCAGACUCGGACCAAGAGGCAUGGAUCGAAAUCGCCUGGUGCGAUUUAAAUCUCUUUAACCUCGACCAAGCUAAAUCCGAGAUGGAAGCAAUCCUCGAACGCAUCGAUCCCAUCACAUGCGAAGGCGCUACUGCGGAACUGCGUGCCAAGCUCUGGUGGCGUCUCGGCCGAUGUCUUUGGCUCAUGGACGGAGUGUAUCGUACAAACCCGGAACAUGCUUUCACUGCAUUCAUCACUGCUUUGAAGCGCAACCCAGCAUUUGCGCCUGCGUAUACUUCGCUCGGUUUCUACUAUGAAGAUGUCCUUCAGCCGCCGGAUCUGGUAAGGUCGAGUAAGUGCUUUCAAAAAGCCUUCGAGUUGGACGCGUGUGAGGAUGAGGCAGCAAGAAGGUUGGCUGUUGGUUUUGCGGAGGAGCAGGAGUGGGAUUUGGUAGAAGUGGUGGCGAGAAGGACUAUCGAAGGUGAAGGUGGUGCUGAUGCGAUCGGAGGCAACACUGCUGCUGCUGUUCAAGCUUCGAGAAGACAUCUUUCGAGGAAUGCAUGGGCUUGGAAGGCGAUUGGAAACGUCGAAGUCGCAAAGAAGCGAUUUGAAGAUGCUAUUCUUGCAUUCCAGAUCGCUUUACGAGCUGAACCAGAAGAUCAAGUUUCAUGGCAACGGCUCGGUCAAGCUUACGCUCUAGCCGGUAGACACGUCGCAGCGCUCAAAUGCUUCGCUAAGUGUCUCGAACUCGUCAAAGCCACUGCCGACCCCAAAGAAGACGGUUGGCAAGCAGAAUACAGCAUCGGAGACGUCCACCUCGAUUUGGGCAACUUCGACACUGCUAUCGAGACAUUCUCCUGGAUCCUUUGCCGUCAUGUUGACGAACUUGGCGUCAGGAUAGCGCUUAGCAACGCAUACUUGCUAUCGUCAAGGAAGGAAUUAAUGACGGGGUAUGCGGAACGUGCGGAGUUGUCGGCACGACGUGCGAUCAAGGAAGCUGCCCAUGCGCUGUUGAAGCACGAUAAGCAUUUGAGGUCGGCUUGGAAGAUCGUUGCGGAUGCCGUGUUUCACCUUAGCAAGUUUGGGAGGCUGCAGAAGGAUGACGCUUUUCAUGAUCUCAGUGUCAGUGGAGAGUUGGGACCAUUGCUGAAGUUGGCGAAGGAGCUGGAUACUGAUGCCAAGCUGCCCUCGAUUAGCGUUAUUACUCAUGACAAGCUGGGGUUGAAAGCCGGAAACGAGAUCUCGCCUUUCCGUCUCCUCCAAACCUCUGUUUAUCUGUAUAAGCUGCGAGUAGUGCUUAACGCGACAGACGACAAGGUCGCAGGUAGUGCAUGGGCCGAUCUCGCCACAUCUCUCUACUGUCUUUCCCGUGCACUCCUCCUUCUGUCUUCUCAAGCCCAACUCUCAGCCCCCGAAUCAACUCCUCUCACAGAGUACGCCCAAACCCAGUCGGACUCAGCACGCCUGCAAGCAAUCGGAAGCAUCAAAGAAGCCCUCCGCCACGAACCCGGUCAAGAAUCGUACUGGCUUCUCCUGGGAAACCUCACCUUCCACUCCUCUGUUAAGCUCGCACAGCACUGUUUUGUCCGAGCAAUCGAAAACGCCCCGAAAUCCGCCAUUGGAUGGACCAAUCUCGGCCUACUGUACCUUCACCACGGAGAUGUUGAACUGGCAAAUGAAAGUCUGAUCAAAGCUCAAACCGUAGACCCAGACUAUGGAGCCGCUUGGGUAGGUCAAGCGCUCAUAGCUAAGCAUUUUGGAGACGAGCGUGCCUCUCGGGUGCUUUUCGAACACGCGGUUAUACUGACGGAGGGCAGUGUGGGCGAAGCGGAUUAUGGGUUAGGUCAAGCUGUGUUUGAUUCACUUCGCUCCGGUGGUGGCGGUGUGGGAGUAACGGAGGGAACGUUGAGCGGGGCAAGUUUUGCCAUGAGUGCGUAUAUAAUGGGUACUCCGGAUGAUGUAGAUGCGUUACAUCUUUCUGCGCUGAUUUGUGAGAGGUUGGGACAGGUAGAUUUGGCGAAAGAGCGAAUUGAAAAGGCGGCGGGAUUGUUGGAGGAGAGAUAUGAGAAGACGGAGGAGGUGGGUGUUGCGCGGCAGUAUGCGGUUGCGGAGGCGAAUCUGGGUAGGAUAAGAUUGGCGGGCGGUGACCAUAUAGGCGCAGCGGAAGCGUUUCAGGCUGCGGUCGGUUUGCUUGAUGGCGGAGAUGGGGAAGAGGAGGAGGUGGGUGAAGGAGGGGAUGGGAAGAUUGAGAACGAGUUGAUCCGGGAUGCGAAAGUUCAGGCUCGAAUGGGACUCGCUCUCGCACGUUACUUCUCUGAUGAGAAGGAGAAGGCUCUUUCGACGAUUCAAGAAGCUAUCGCCAGUGCCUCAGAGUCUGACUCUCGCGCAACUCAACUGGACCUCACAUUGCAUCACGCAAAACUUCUAUUCGCAAUCCAAGGCAAAUCUGGCAUCGAAGGAGUCAAAUCGCAUCUCCUCUCGAACAUCGAAUCGUCUCCUGAAGGCUCUCCCGUUCAUGUCCCAUCCAUUCUCGCACUCGCAGUCCUCGCCCUAGCCAGCGACGACGCGGAUCUUCUGGACGCAGCACAGAGCGAACUCGAAUCCCAUCUCUCCACCUCUUCUUCCUCGACCAGCAUCGACGAAGUAAUCCGCCUCCUCAUCGCCAUUAAAUCCCUCACCUCACCCAACAAUCCCGCAGCACUGGAAUUGGUACACAACACAAUCCAAUCCAUGAUCUCAAGCCGGGAGAAGGAUCAAAGAUCUCUCUUCCGUCUCCAUCUCGUUUAUCUCUCCCAUGCAGCUCACCUGCUGGAGACUGGAGUGGAUCUGGGUGAGGAAGUAAGGUCGCAGGUGGUAGCAUACACAAGUUUGGCCCAAGACUUGUUCCAAUCUUGUGCACCUUUGUUUACCGAGGUGGAGAAGGAGAAGCCAAAGCUACUGGUGUUGCUGGCGAGGUUGAAGAAGAAGUUAGGCGAGGAAUUGGGGAGAGGGGUGCAACAGGAUCCGGAAACGUUGAGGAAGUUGGCUGUUUUGGAUUCGCCUUGGAGUCUUGUUGCUCCCACCUCAUCAUGGUUCUCCACACUUCAUUCCGAGCAAUAG